AUGGACUUCCUCAAGUCUGCCGUCGCAUCGGCCAUCUCAAAAGGUCCCGCCUUUCCCUACUCGUUUGGCGAAAGAGUCGACAUCGAUCAGUCUAUCUGGACUCUCCACAACGGCACCAAGAGGGAAGACGGCUCCCGAUGCAGCAUCCUCUCCUUCGACGUGACGGCCAACAAAUCCCGUCUUCCGCUCGCAAAGAACGCAUUGCGCAAGUUCCGCACUCUUCGACACCCUGGUGUCAUCAAGGUCUUGGAUGCUGUUGAGGAAGCCACUUCGGUACACGGUUGCAUCCGCACCUCCUCAAUAUUCACUACCGAUAGUGGAGAAUGGAAGCUGGGCGGCCUGGACGUCUUGAGCUCCAUGAAGGAAGAUGAGGCCGUCAUCUAUGUCGCCAAAGGCGGCUGGGACAGCAUCAAACGAAACCCUGUGUCUGCCGUCGAUUCUUACGAUUUCGCUAUCCUUGUGAUUGAAGUCUUCAAUGGGACCUUCUCGGGAAGUGAUCAGGUUGGUCAGACCAAGGGCAUUCCUGUUAGCAUGCACGCUUCAUACAAACGUCUGGCCCAUGCAAACCCCAAGACCAGACUCAGUAUCGCCCAUUUCUUGGAACAAGGGCGAAAAUCUGGCUCAUUCUUCGACACCCCACUCAUUCAAUUGACCGAUGGCAUUGAUAAUCUGGGGUUAAAGACUGAAACUGAGCAAGAUUUCUUCCGAGUCAAGGUGCUUCCUGAGCUUCUCAAGUCUCUCGAAUUUGGUGGUGGAGGUCCCAAGGUCUUGUCCCUUGUCAUGCGUAUUGGCAAGAAACUUUCAGAUGAAGAGUACGAGUCGACCAUUACACCGGUGGUUGUCAGACUCUUCAGUAGUCCAGACCGCGCAUUGCNNGUUACUGGUUUCACCGACCUCGCUCCGCUUGUCAGAGAACAGACUGUCAAGGCAGUCUUGGUCGUGGUUCCAAAGCUGUCGGACCGCAUUAUCAAUGGCGAACUACUGAGGUACCUGGCUAAGACCGCAAACGAUGAACAGCCAGGCAUCCGAACAAACACAACUAUCUGUCUUGGAAAGAUUGCAAAGAAUCUUGGCUCCAGCUUGCUUCCGGCAAUCUGUCCGUCACUUGUAGACAAGGAGAAAAUCAUCCGAGACCAAGCCAACAAGACUUUGGAUCUGUACCUUCAGCGCAUUCGCAAGUAUGGCCAGACUCUGCCUGAUAGUGUACUGCCGCCACCGGAAGCUGCUGGCUCGAACGCGCCACGCAUGAGCACCCCGCAACCGGGGGGUGCGGGAGCAGGGUGGGCUGGUUGGGCUAUAUCGUCUUUCACGAACAAGCUUGCAACAGCCAGUGGAGAAAUUCAACCUAACAGCAGUGCAGCAACAGCAGCCAGCUCGGAUCGACCAUCUUCUACUCCCCCAGCAAACCUGAGUUCGUCAGCUGCUCAGUCUCUUCCUCUUGGUCAGACUCGACCUACACCAACUUUCUCUCCUUCUGCGCCGACGGUGCCUAGAGUGUCUUCGGGCCUACGAAACGCAACCCCGACCAUGUCUGAUGUGGACCAGGAAGACUUUGGUGAUGACUGGGGUGCGAUGAAUGAUGACGACGGUGCCGCCGAUGCAUGGGGUGAGUUAUCAAACAGCGCACCGCCCAUGGCAUCCACAAAACCUUCGACUGCAAACUUUGACGAUGGUGGUGAGCCCGACUUCGAGGGCUGGCUAAACGCGCAGGCACAGGCCAAGACGAAAGCAAAGAACCCUCUCCCCAAAGGUCUUGCGAAGAGCAAACCAGUAUCUGCCGUAGCACCAAAGCCGAGCGUAGUCAGGAGUUCGUCUGCAUCAGUCACAUCCAAGGCGAAGCCUGUAGCAAAGCCGGCACCUAGUAAGCCAGUAAAGCCUGCAGCCAAGGAAGAAGAGGAAGAUGACUGGGGCUCAGCAUGGUGA